CACUCAUUUAAUUCAUCAGCUCACCUCAUCACAUCUCAGCUCUCCUCCGCCAUGGCCAAACCAAACUAGUAGGUGGCGGGUUUCCUUCAAGCCUCAUCAACUCCACCACCGAAACCUCCUCCCCCUGCCCUUUUUUCCUUUCGCUUCAAGCAACUUCGAUCUCUCAGUGCCUAUUAUUCUCUUGAGGAUUUCAUUCUGUCUGAGGCAUUCUGUCGAACACCUGGUCGGUAGCUAGAUUUUCGUGCUCUGGUUCGGGCUCGUUUGAUCGAAUUUCGUCGCCUUUUUUUUUUUUUAAAUUGUGUUUGUCGGUGGAGUCUUGGGAUUGAUUCGGGUGCUCCGGCCGUAGAAGUCGUUCGCGAGGGAGAUGGGUUCGUUGGAUCGAUCGAAGAAGAAGAUCCAGCUUUGGAAGAAGGCGCUCCUGCACUUCGUGCUCUGCUUCGUCACUGGAUUCUUCACCGGAUUCGCUCCGCCUAGCGCUGUCAAUCUCUUCUCUGCCAGCGCCGUCGAGCGCUCUCCCGUCGUCGUCGUCGUCCCGGCUGCCUCAAUUAAGGCCGCGGAACACGUUGUCGAGCCUGCCGGCUCGACCGCCAACAGGUCCCUCGAAGAGAUCUCCAGAUCUGUGCUUGUUCCCACCGUCAACGACGUCGACCCGCCGCCGCCCCACGAAGGUAGCAACGUCGGCGGGGCGGAGGAGAAGUCGCCGCAUCCGCGCGAGCGGCUGCUGAUCCUGGUCACGACGGUGCGGCGCGACGACCGGUUUCAAGGUGCGUUCUUGCGGCGGCUGGCGCACACCCUGCGGCUGGUGCCGCCGCCGCUGCUGUGGAUCGUCGUCCAGGCGCACGAGGAUGCCGCCGCGACCGCAGCUAUGCUGCGGACCACUGGCGUCAUGUACAGGCACUUGACAUUUAAGGAGAAUUUUACUGACCCCGAAGCGGAGGCCGACCACCAGCGGAACGUCGCCCUCAGCCACGUCGAGUACCACCGACUCACCGGGAUCGUACACUUCGCCGGGGCAUCCAACGUCUACGAUCUACAAUUCUUCGAGGACAUAAGAGAUGUCGAGGCUUUUGGGACUUGGCCAGUAGCAAUUGUAUCAUCAAACAGGAAAAGGGUGGCUGUGGAUGGCCCUGUUUGUAACUCGUCGAAGGUCCAAGGAUGGAUCUUAAAGGAUUUGAGCUAUGAUAAUAGGUUGCUGAUCACUAGUACCGACAUGAGCCCGAAACCUCGAAAAUUAAAUAUUUCUGGCUUUGCAUUCAAUAGCUCUAUACUGUGGGAUCCUGAGAGGUGGGGUCGUCCUACCUCAUUGCCUGACACAUCACAGGAUUCAAUCAAGUUUGUGCAUGAAGUCAUCCUAGAAGAUGAGACUAAGUUGAAGGGUAUUCCUGCUGACUGCUCCAGAAUCAUGGUGUGGCAUCUGGACACACCUAGCAUUCUCUCCCUGCCUUUCCACUCCAAAAACCAAGGUAGAAGGUAGACAAUGAGAGGAUGAACCAUAAUAGAAGUGUAAAUGAGAGAAAGAGGAGAAGAAAAAAUGUUACUUUUGAUUCUUAUUUCAGUUCUUUGGGCCAAAGGGUUUAGGUACACUCCCAAACCAUAUUUUUUUGCCAUUACACCAUGGUAUUAAUUUCAUGUAGUUGGUGACUUUAUAAUUGAGGUUGGUAAGCACAUAUAUAUAAAUAUAUAUAUCUUGUUACAAA